AGCGCGAGGUAGCGGAGCAGCACCCACUUGUUGCUGAGGCAGGAGCGGAGCUGACGGAGAUCUACAGCCGCGAGCCAUCUCACCUGCCGGGGAACCAGAGGAGCUCCUCCAGCCUACAGCCCCUCCGCCUCACCUCCGCCUCCCGCUGCUGCCUCUCCGCGGCUCCCAGGAUCAGGUUUGAUGUCUGCGUCCGUCCUGUCUCCAUCGCCGUGGGGACGCGUCACUCUGGUGUGUAGACUCCUCCUCCUGGCCGCCUCCCCGCUCCUCGCAGCAGGCCGCCUCAGUAACUGCACCCACCCUCUGGUGCCGGAGCAUGGGGGGUUCCGCUGUGACCCGUCUCCGUGUCGGGGGUUCCCCCAGAAGAGCUCCAUCCACUUCUUCUGUGAGCCCGGUUACCAUGUCAACAGCAAGGUGCGCGUCUCCAGGUGCCGACACGGGAGGUGGAUGCCCCCCAUCCCCGCCUGCACCCCUCUCAGAGAGGGUCCGAAGAUGAACUCUGAUGACCGGGGGAACGACUCGAUGCCCAGCAUGGCCACCACGGCGGUGGGCGUGUCCAUCUUCCUGCUCACCACCACUGCAUGCUUGGUGGUCAAGUCCCGCCUCUACCCCUGUCAAUCACACAGGCGCUCCUCGGACCAGCUGGACCUGAUGGUGGACGGACUUCCUGUCUCCCUCCCCUCCUACGAGGAGGCGAUGUACGGCAGCUGGGGGCAGCGCCUCCCCCCCUGCUCAGUGCCAGGACCCACCCAGCUCCUAUUGGCUCAGGAGGCUCCCAGCUGUCACCCGUUGUCCCUCGUCAGCCAAUCAGAUGGCGGUCAUCGCCCGCUUCUGUCCAGCCCCGACAACCCCCCACCCCCGUACGAGGAGGUGCAGUCGUCCCGUGGCAGAGCCAGGAGUGAGGGGGGGCUACAUGUGGAGGACAAAGACCCCUGAGGGACAGACGGGGGGCUUCAGGGGUUCUGAAGCAUUUGAUUGACAGCUGCAGGGUUCAUCCUGCAGAUGAAAACUGACUGACCGCAGACUGCUGCACUUUACCAGCAUCAGGACACUCUGUCCAAUCACAAGCUAGUUUAGAUGAAGCUCGUAAGCUCUGAUUGGCCGCCUGUUGGGUCACAAAGAUCUGCAGAGGACUGAAGGGUUGAUUGUAUAAUGUGGUGUAGGAAUGUAAAUGGCAGAAGAGCUGUCUAACCUUUAUAUCCUGAAUGCCUUGCUUUUAGUGUGAGGAAAAUGUAUUUUGUUUUUAAACAAUAUUUUAAAUAAGAAUCCUUCACUUUUAAUAUAAAAUCAUCACUCUGAAUUUGAGAUUUUCAUAUGGCAGCAGUCAUAUAAUAGUUAGUGAGUGUGUGUGUGUGUGUGUGUGUGUGUGUGUGUGUGUGUGUGUGUGUGUGUGUGUGUGUGUGUGUG